ACAGUGCCGUGCGCCAAUCCGCCGUCGUUACCGAGUGAAGUGCGUCUCUUUGGAAGCAAAUACCGGCUGAGGGAAACGCAGCAACAAGAGAAAGGAACAAAUUGCGAGCUCGUUUUCCACCGGGACUCCGUCCGACCACCGCGCACCCCUUUCGGCGCAUUCAGUUCAGCCCGAUAGCUCGAUGUUGAGGCUGGGUUGAAGGAAGAAAGGGCCACGCUGGGGAAGGCAACUAGCCGAAUAAACAUAGCGAGCUCGUUGGAGUAGCUUAGUUGCCUCCUUAAGGCGACGCUUUAAAAAAAAAAAAGGGAAGGAGCGGACACAUUUAGCCCGAACACUGGUGAAAAUGGACUAUGAUUUUAAAGUCAAGCUGACCGGCGAGAGAGAACGAGUCGAGGACCUGUUUGAGUACGAAGGAUGCAAAGUGGGAAGAGGCACCUACGGUCAUGUGUACAAAGCGAAGAGAAAAGAUGGGAAGGAUGACAAGGACUACGCCCUCAAGCAGAUUGAAGGCACUGGCAUCUCAAUGUCAGCCUGCAGAGAGAUUGCACUGCUGCGGGAGCUGAAGCACCCCAAUGUCAUCUCACUGCAGAAGGUUUUCCUGUCACAUGCAGACCGUAAAGUGUGGCUGCUCUUUGACUACGCUGAACAUGAUCUCUGGCACAUUAUUAAGUUUCACAGAGCGUCUAAGGCCAACAAGAAGCCACUUCAGCUGCCUAGAGGAAUGGUCAAGUCACUGCUCUACCAGAUCCUGGAUGGCAUCCAUUACCUCCAUGCCAACUGGGUCCUCCACAGAGACCUUAAACCAGCUAACAUUUUAGUGAUGGGCGAAGGACCAGAGAGGGGUAGAGUAAAGAUUGCGGACAUGGGGUUUGCCCGUCUAUUUAAUUCACCGCUAAAGCCUUUAGCCGAUCUCGACCCCGUGGUGGUCACCUUCUGGUACAGAGCACCUGAACUGCUGCUGGGGGCUCGGCACUAUACCAAAGCCAUCGACAUCUGGGCGAUAGGCUGCAUCUUUGCAGAGCUGCUGACGUCUGAGCCCAUAUUUCACUGUCGCCAGGAGGACAUCAAGACCAGUAACCCUUACCACCAUGACCAACUGGACCGCAUCUUUAACGUCAUGGGCUUCCCUGCUGAUAAAGACUGGGAGGACAUCAAAAAGAUGCCAGAACACUCUACGCUGAUGAAAGACUUUAGGAGGAACACAUAUACAAACUGCAGCCUUAUAAAGUACAUGGAAAAGCAUAAAGUCAAACCAGACAGCAAAGCAUUCCACUUGCUACAGAAGCUCUUGACAAUGGACCCCAUCCGUAGAAUCACAUCUGAGCAGGCCAUGCAGGACCCUUACUUUCUUGAGGAACCUCUGCCCACAUCUGAUGUGUUUGCCGGUUGCCAGAUUCCCUAUCCCAAGAGGGAGUUCCUGACAGAGGAGGAGCCAGAGGACAAGGCAGACAAAGUAAGAAAUCCCUGUGCUUCAGGGAAACAUUACAGCAAAGAAUCGAAAAACCAGCAGCAGCAACAGGGAAACAACCACACAAACGGGGCGGGGCACACUGGCAACCCUGACAACAGUCACGCCCAGGGUCCGCCUCUGAAAAAAGUGCGUGUCGUCCCGCCCACCACUACCUCAGGUGGCCUCAUCAUGACCUCAGACUACCAGCGCUCCAAUCCACAUGCUGCCUACCAGAACCCUGGACCAAGCACAUCACUGCCCCAAAGCAGCAUGGGAUACUCCACUACCUCCCAACAACCGCCCCAGUACUCCCACCAGACCCAUCGCUACUGAAACACCCCUCCCGCACUUACGUACACACACACAUGACACAUUCACCACAGCCCUCGCCAUGCCCACCUGAACGAAUGUACUGAGGCAUGUGGGGAUGUCCAAGGCUACAAAUCCCGACCCCACCUGACCUCAGAGGGCACCUUCUCAGCAGCAGUCGUCUGUUAGACCAGAAUGGCAACAACCCUCAGUCUUCACCUUUCACCCCAGUAUUUGAAACAUUGAUUAUAAAUAAAAACCCUGACAGGUGAAACACAAGACAGGAGGAUGAGAGAGGAAAAAAAGGAUGCUGUGACUUUGACCUGUAUCUGCUGUUCACAUUAUCAAACCAGCCUGGAGAAGAUGGCUUUAGAGGGGCACAUGAUCAUUUUUAGUGUCAUUUUCCUCCCCCUCUUCAUCCACAUCUGUCCACAUAUCCUCCACCAACAUCCUUCCCCCAGACAGUUAACCUCUUCCGGUUGAAGCUUGGAUGAGAUUGAAAGCUGCUAUGUGACUGCCAGCGUCGACAGAUUCACUGUCCUCCCAUUUGUCUGUCUGUCUGUUAAUUCUGUGUGUGUGUGGCCUGGUGAGGGCCUCGUCUGAGGACUGAACCGAGCUGCUGUUGAAGCACGCUCGGAGGAUGUGGAGCCCCCCACAGCUGGGGCAUUGAGGGUUUUUGUUCUGAAAGGACUUUUAAAAAAAACAUAAAGAUUUUAGUAGUUUAUAAUUUAAUUGGUUUUCAUGAUAUUGUUUUCAUGGCAGGAGUGGCACAGCAGCGUACGCUGGCUGAAAGCUCAGCUGCUCUGUGCUGUGGGCGAGCCUUACAUCAUGAUGACGAAACCAACCAAUUGCAUGGAGGAUGGCAGUUGGAACAUGCAUUGUACUGUAUUGUAUUGGAAUAUUUUACAGCAAGUAACAUGCAAGCAAGUAACAUGACAAUAAAAGUGGAAACCUUGA